AUGGACUCUUACGCACAAGCAAUGGGGCAAUCCCCAUUCUUCUACUACAACCCAGACGCAAAAUCGGACAACCGUCAACAUGGUCACUUCUCUCAACAACCAAGCCAUAUGCCAAUGCCUAUGUAUCAUCAGCAUGCUCAAACAAUGCCCUCAUCACCAAUGUACUCUAGGCCAAACUCGUCUUCCUCACAGCAUCCUAUGCAGCAUCCAAUGCAGCAGAAGAUCUUUAACUCCGGAUACCUUGGAAACAUGACACCAAUGGCCUCUCCACGACCAAUGUACCAAAAGCCCACCAUCUUGAUCCAAGACCAUUCUCCAAGGCUCAUCUUGGAUUCGGAAAACGAACAUGACAUGUAUUAUUAUCCUGCAACCCCACCUCUUUCAGCAUCUGGAAGUGUCAUGAGCAGUCCAUCAAGCUGUGAUAUCUUACCCACGCCAGUAACCAGUGUGUUUUUCGGUGCUGAGAGUUUCGAAGGUGUUAAGGAAGGAUGUGAAGGUGAAGUUCAAUCGGAGAAUCUUGCUGGUGAAUGGGCUCGUUGUGGUUCCCCACCUAUGACACCAGUCUUCAUCCACCCAACCUCGCUUAGCUUUCACGCUAAUGAACUCCUGUCUGCCACUUCUUGCCCUUCGCUUUCACCUUCACCUUCCCCUUAUCCACGAUCCGUCACUUCAGAACAAUCCGAUUUCGACUUUUGUGAUCCCAGAAAUUUAACAGUUGGAUCCGCAAUUUUACCUCCUACAUCCAAUCCAAGUUUGACUUCGACUCGUGAAUUUUCUACUCUCCCCACACUCUGCUCGGAAGACGAAGAACAUCAUCAGUACAUGUUAGGGGGUAGUAACUCAUUCGGCAAAAUCGAAACACGUGCGAAUACCUUCAAUUUCACCACCAUCACCACAUCCAACCACGGCCUCCCUACUUUUGAUCAUAUUUCGGAUCUUGAUUCCGAAGACGAAUUUGUCAAUGGUCUUGUAAACUUCCCUUCCACAGAUAACGUCCAAUUCUUUGGUGGUAAUAAAAGACAACGAACUGCAUCUGAUCUCGUUUCCCCUGAGCCAGAGACAUUUAUCAGUGAGGACGAUUUUGAAGAUUUUGAGGAUCUAGAGACCGAGAGUUUUGCGGUCGCGUGCCUGCCGAGUCCACCAGCCUCUGGCUCCGAAGCUGAACCCAAAAAGGAGAAGCGUACCAAAAAACCCAAGAUCACUCAUUGUGACGAAGACAGCUCGGAGUUUGAUUCCAUGGUCCGAUCUCGAAAAUUCACUGUACCCAUGAAUAAUUUAUCGGGCGCUCAGCCACAAGAGACUUCUGCCGAUCAUCAACAAGCACCCACCGCCCCAAGCCAAUCCGGUUCUUCAGAAAGCAAUAACAUCAUGGGUUCAUCAGGAUCAGACGCUGGUAACGCUCAUCAAGCACCGGUCAAUCGCCGCGGUCGCAAACAAUCAUUGACUGAAGAUCCUUCCAAAACCUUCGUAUGUGAACUUUGCAAUAGACGUUUCCGCAGACAAGAACAUUUGAAACGCCAUUACAGAUCCCUCCAUACCCAGGAGAAGCCAUUUGAAUGCCACGAGUGCGGCAAGAAGUUCUCCCGCAGCGAUAAUUUAUCACAGCAUUCACGUACUCACGGAAGUGGUGCCAUCGUGAUGGGUGUUUUGGAAGAUGGCGAGGUUCCUAGUGACAUGGAAUCGGGCAGUGAGGGAAUUCAAAUAAGGGCCCUUGGCGAUGCUCUCUUUACCGCCGCCGCCGGCGCCUCUGGCAGUGAGAGCAGUGGUACCGAAAGUGAUUCCGAGAGCCAAUCCUGCAAGAAGCGCAAGAGAUCAGAGUAA